AUGUUUCAACAAAUACUCGAAGCGGUCAUCAUGUUUCGUGCUCUUAAAGAUGAUGAAAAAUCUCCUGACGAUUACGUUAGCGAAGAAAACUCAACGUUAAGAGGAUUUUCAUCUGUUGCCAGAUCUGCAUUAACUACUCCCGAACAUGAAGCCAUCAGUCUCAGCACGUCCACGGAUGUUAUUGAUACUAUGAAGGCUGUACUCUCAACCGUUGCAAAGGUUAUGGUUAAAGCUUCAAGCUCCAUUGGAGCAUUGAAUAAUUUUCUUAGCAGUCCAAACGUGCAAGUUGCAUUAAUGACCGAGAAUGGAUCUUCUAAUUCUGCCAUGAUCGAUUGCAUAAACAAUAACCAAGGAGAUUUCCAAGACAAUAUUAGAAUUAUGAAAUACGAACUCACUAAUUCACUUAAAAACUGUGUGCAAAACCGAGAAAGACUGAUGCGGUCAAGAAGUUAUAUUAUACCAAUUCUGCUUACUGCUACUGCAAUGCUUGGAACUGCAAUGUUUGGAACUGCAAUGCUUGGAACUGCAAUGUUUGGAACUUCAAUUUUUGGAAUGGGAUAUUCCUCCAAUCUUAUAUCUUUUAUAUGUACCAUCGCAAUCUUAGGUAUUGUUAUUAUAAUUUCAGACUAUUAUGAUCGGAAACUCGAACAAGACAUAAACAAGCUUCAAUCUACAAUAAAUGAUCUGGAUAAACUCAGCCGUACUCUUACCAAUCUGGAGGUAGUUCCUAGAGCUUUCGAAAUUUUUAAUGAAACUACUGAGAUCAAAAGAGUUUUCGCUGAAUACCAAGAACAAAUUAAAGAACAUGCAAGAACGUUGAGGUGUGAUUGCGCUGACUGGAACUAA